GUCCCGUUCUUUCCAACUUUUGAAGACUUUUUCCCAAAGCUGUACAGCUAUGGCUAUUUUGACAUUUGUGUACCUGUAAACAGCGUUUAUGGUUUGUUCUUCAAUACUAGCAUUCAAAAAAGAUGUUUUCGUGCGCAAGAAAGGCUACUACAGCUGAUGUUUCUGAAGAAAAGCUAAGGAAAUGUUUUCACGAUUUUAACUGUGGUACCAUGCAGAAUCGGUGCAGUCAGUUAGCUAGCGGCUGUCCUUUCUGGUAGGACUCCAGCUUACUAAUGUUUCGGACACACUUUAUCGUGGACAGACUCGCGACAUGGUCAUUUUUCUUGAAUAUCCGAGUUUUGUGUUUUUUCCCUGCCUUUUUGUAUUUUUGUGUCUGCCGUGAUGUGACAUUGCGCGCUGGUGUCCAGGAGGACAGCGCUGGACACGAUCCUUUUAAUAACGGUACCUCUCUGGGUACAUCAUGGCACACACCCCCACCUCUUUACUCAGGGAAACAUGGAGGCUUUUGCACUGUCCAUGCGAUGCAGCAUAAACCAGAAGGGAAAUCAGCAGACUUGACAUUGCUCAGGAUUGAUGGUACAAUAGAAGUCAAUGGGCCCCUUAUGUCUUUUGGAGAGAGCCCAGCCUCUUCUUCGGCUCCUGCUGGUCCGUGGGAACACUCUGUUUACUCUUCGUUUACCUACAUGUCAAAUAUCUUUCACCUCAGAAAUCACAGAAGCACAGUCACCAGAUACAGCCCGCAUCAACCUCUGCCUCAGGUUCAGAGUGCAGCACUUCCAUCUUCAUUUGGGGUCAGAUUUCACAAGUGUGCAGAGGUGAAGCUUGAUACCGAUCCACCUCAAUUGACUUUCUUCCUGCUGAUCCACAACACGGGACCUGUGGGUGGCACCAACCUCUCUCAGGUGGCUAUCAGGGACUCAAUUUCUGGAAUAAUACCCUUAAAAACUGAAGGCAGAGUUAUAGAAAGAGGCUACCAGACGUUUGCAAUAGAUUCACUGCUGGCUGGAUCCAAAGUUGUUGUUAAUUAUACCGCUAACAUACAAAGUCACAAGAGUGAAGUCCUUGAUCUUCCUGCUUUUCUCACCUUCUCUAACGCCUCACAGAAUGAUGUCAGUAUGUUUGGUCCGUUAACAGCUAAUCUAACAUUGAGGGUGAAUUCUACUGACAGGAUUUAUCCUAACCAUGGGGUUCAUUUUGCUGGAUUUGUUGCUGGUUUCUUUGUGACUUUGGUGCUGAUGUUGCUGGGGUUUCUGGUCUUGAACGUGACAGGUCCCAGGACAAGACUGGGCCUUCUCCAGCAGAAGAGAAUUAGAGGGGAUUCAGACCCUGAGUAUGCAGACUGCAGCAUGAGUGAGACAGUCAAAGAUCAGGCCAUAUUUGAAGACAAGAUGGUGGACGUCAUGGUACUGGAGGAUCCUCAGAACAUGUACCAAGCUUUGGAAAACCUUGAAAUGUCUUCACUGCUCCAUGCUACCACUAACCUGGAGGCCAUCCGGAUUCAGAUUUACAAGGAUGUGAUAUCGUGCUUGCUUAGCAGCCUGCGGUCAAGGGGCCAGGCUAGCCCCCAGGCCCAGCAGAGGCUGCUCAGUGUGCUUAAUGGACAGCUGCUAGGCAUGGAAGGGCGCCUGAAAGAGGAGCGAGGGGCACGCAUGGCUGCCCUGGCUGGCCAGUGUAACCUGGAGACCAGUGAAGAAAUGGAAGCAGAACAUCGCAGAGAAGCUGCUGAGAAGGCCCAGGCUGAACUGCUUUGUCAAGAUGCAGACCAGCAGGAGCUCCUGCAGUGCAGCGUCCUCCUGGAGAAGCUGCACAAACUGAGCCAGAGUCGGCUUCAGCACAUCCUUUUAGUCCGACAUGAAGAAGCUUCAGCGAAGGUCCAGAGGCAGAUCAUCGAGUGGCGACGGGUAGAGCUGCACAAAAUCUUCUCAGAGGAACUGGAGGAGGCUAUAAGGAUGGGCGAAUUAGAAAAGGGCACAGCAAAGAGUCUUCAGCAUGAAUACUUUACUUGUCAGGAUCAGCUAGAGGAGGUGCUGGAUGUAGUCCUCGCCAACCAGCGCUAUGUGCUGGCUGAACGCAGUGCGCAGAGGAAGUUCCUGGUUCACAGUCUCCACAGCCUCAACAGCCUGAUUUCUGACACCUUCACCAGCACAUCCAGCAACUUGGACAGCUGGUUCACUCACAUCAGAAGAGGGAGCAUCGCACAGGCAGAGCAGAUAAACCAGCUUCAAGAAAAGGCCCAGAAAGACCUUGUGAUGGUGAGACAAAGACUGGAUGAGACACUAAACCACGAGAGGAGAGCCAUGCGCUGUGGACUGAUUAAGAAGAGGAGAGAGCUCAUCUCUGAGAUGGUUAGGGUCCAUAAACAGAGACAAAGAGAUUUGUCAAGCAUGUCUAAAGGUCUGGAGGAAAAGAUGGAGAUAGCUCAGCACCUGCACUGUUGGCAGAACUUGCUGACGGCUCACAGCUUGGAGCUUGCAGAGCUUAUCAACAACCUGGAUGAGGAGGCUGCAGCAGACAUCCGCAAGGUGACAAUGCGAGUGAUACAGGGGGCCAUAGCUGACAUCAGAGCCAUCCAACCUUCUGCAACACAGGCAGUGCUUUUACUGUUGCCUCCAGGGACAAAACAAUCUUUUCUGCAGGGAGAACCAGAGACAGGACUUGGACAAGCCACUGGACAGGGAGGUAGUGCUCUCCUUCAGGGCCAAGAAAGACUCCACCAAGAAGGUAAGGCAGCCUUACGCACCCUCAGCUGCACAAGGGAGGCUUUGCAUGAAGCCAUGGAGAAAGAACUGCAGGAGCAAAAGGAACUCAGGGAGCACUGCAGAGAUUUCUUCAGAUGUCUGUGUUUGUCCCAGCUGACUCUGUCUGAAGAUGACAGACUGAGGAUGAAACUGGAGUUUCAGAAGUGUCUGUCUGUGAUUGACCGCUGUCUGGUGCUCCCUCACGCUGUCUCCAGAACCAAAAUCUGCAUUGUACUGGCAGAAUGGAGAAAGGAGAGGGAAGAACAGAUGACAAAUAUGCAAUCCAAGGGGAAAACCACAGAGGCCAGAAAGAAAGCGGACACAUCUGAUGUGCUGCUUUUCCAGAAAAGGCUCGAGGACAGGAUUCAACUGUUUGAGAAGGAAAAGGAGAUGGAGGGCGGUGUGAUGAAUAAGGUGUUGGAGGAGAUUCAGAGGGAGAGAGAAGACAAUUUGCUCUCUCAGGCUGACAGCCUGGCGAUGCAAAUAGCUACAAUCCACUACCAGAAGGCUGAGAGACGGAGCAAAGUUUUGGAGACAUCCAGAGCUAUGCUCACCCUGCAAAGCCUGCUGAUUCAAUGGCUAAGAGACAGAAAAAACCUGGAAAAACAAGGCAUGGCUCAGAGUAUACAGAGCCACUGCUUGGGCCUAGAAGAAGCAGAGCAACAGAUUCAGAAGAAGAAGACAGAAUUUGAUACGUCUCAGUUUAGAAAAGUGUCAGGUAAAGUCCACCAAGCAGUCUCUGAGGGAGACGAAGACAGUGAGGAGGAGGAUGCAUUUCAGCUGGAGUCAGAGGCCAGGAUGACGUCCAUCCUACAGGAAGCUCUCAAUAAGUGUGAGCAGGUCAUCACACUGAUGACUGAGAGGUUCCAAGUAAUGACCGUCAACGUUCAAGCCCAGGAAGUUUUAAAAGAACAAACGGAGCUCAAGAGACUUUAUGAAAACUGCGACCAGGAUCUGGAGUUUGCAUCUCAGCUGGUCAAGCAGAGUCAGGCGUCUACUGAUGUUCUCCUGGAGGCCCUGCGUCUCCUCCUGCCAACGGUGCCAGAAAGUGAGCUCCUUUCAAUCACUGAUGCCCUCUGCCCCAAACAACGCCCUGUUCCAGCUUCUGCCGAGCAGGAGCACUCUGGGUGUGCUGGGGAGCUGAGUGUAGCUCUUCCUGACAAGCUGAGGGAAAAUGUGGUGCAGAAAAAUAUGCUAAAUGUGUCAAGCUGGGCUAUGGAAACAGAGACAUCUCACAGACUCCAGGAAAAGAGGCAAAGUCUGAUGGAAAAACUGCUUCCCAGAUCCCGUCUCCUGUUUCCAAGAGAUGCCGCACCAUUGAUAGCUGAGGAUAAAGGAAAGCAGGACAGUUUUACUAAACCACAACAACGUAUUUCUAAAUCAAGCGUGCAGGCUAAGCCGCAGCAGAGUGACGGCGUGGACGCCGCGAAGGAAGCGCUGAACAGUAAAUCAGAGGACGACAUGACUUCAGCCUCUGCCUGCAGUGUGCUGGGCAGCGUUGCCACUGAAGAAAGGUUGUUUGUGUUUCAGGAUCCACCAGAAUCAUGUGACAGUGUGGAUGCCCCUCAAAGAAAAAGGAAGCGGAAUUUCCUUAAUUUCAAGAAAAGUUCAGUGGCUCCAACAACCUUACCAUGAGAUUUACUCACAUUGUCUUUUGCAAGCUUUUCAAAUUAUUUUUAUUUUAUUAUAAUAUAUUAAACUAAAUUGAUAGUUUAACUGAGUAGAAGUGUAUUUUAUGUACUUUUCUAAAUAUAUGUAGCAUCUGGCUUUUUUCAAGUAAAGGCAGCUGACGUCAACUUUAACCACUUCUGUGUUCUUCUUUCUGCUACUUCAGUUGUUUUCUAAAACAUACUAAAGACACCAUUAAACAGUAGAAAUGAGUUCAAAGUAGAUAAUUACUCUGUUCAUUUGAGAGUAUUCACAUCCAAAUUUAAGGAUGAUUUCAGGAAUGCAGAACCUCAUUUUCUGGGGUUAU